GGGAGGCUGCUUACGGUAUAAUAUGUCAAACUCAGCCCACUAGCUCUCAUAAGAUUACAAUCACAAGCCACAUAUUUUUUUUCUCCCUACAUCCCUGUUCUGCUUCUUUCUCCCAGCUCCCUCCUGCUGUUUGUCCUUGAAUGUAUCCUUUCAUGAAAGAAAGAGGGUGAAAAGGAAGCAAAGGGAAAGGUUGCAAGGGUGUUGUAUAAAAAUUUAAAAAAAAAAAUCAGUUGAAGAGGGAGGGAAAGAGAGUAGGAGGGAGAUGAGAGGGGAGAAGGACAUGUUUUGAGCACAGGGAACUGGCUGCUGAGAGUACACAGCAAGAGAGAGAGCGAAAGGGGGAGAAAGAGAGCAAGACAAGGAGACAGCGCACCAGCUAGACACAAGAUGGCUACAGUCUCUUCUGAUUUAAAUGCUGCAGAGGGCUCUUCUCUAUCCAUCCGGCGCCUCCUGUUGCUGGGUUUUCAGGGCUCUGGUAAGACCUCAACACUGAAUACCAUCUUGAGCCAGGAGAAAAACCCUACUGACAAUUCCCAAACAGACCAACAACAAUGGGUAGACAUACUCACCUGGCGACUACUGAUUGUUGACACCCCUGGAUGGAGGCUGGAAACCGAAGAUUCAACUGAUGAGAUGGACUCUGAGAAUCAGCAGUCCAUCAUUGAUCGAUGUUCUCCUGGUCCUCAUGCCCUGCUGCUGGUGAUUCCCAUUGGAGUCCCGUUCACCGAACACCACUGGCAAGGUCUUUGGGCCAGAGUUAGGGCAUUGGGAGCAGGGAUAUGGAGGCACACAAUGGUUUUGUUCACCUGUGCGGACCAGUUGCCACAGGAUAUGGGUGUGGAGGAAUUUAUUGUGGAUGGCGGGGCAGCGCUGCAGAGGCUGGUGGAAAGGUGCGGCUGUAGGUACUACGCCUUGGAUAACACCCGCUCAGACAAAAGUGCUCAGGUUACAGAGCUUUUGCAGAAAGUGGAGGAGAUGGUGCAGGAGAAUCAAGGCUGGUUCUUUGAAAUGGUGCAGCCAAGCCUUGGAUUUGGGGAUGAAGAGACUGACAAUGAAAGAGAAGAGGAUAGAGGUACAGAAGUGGAGAGAACAGCAGCAAUGUUUAGAUCUCCACCAAGAGAGUUACGAGUGCUGUUAGUAGGCUGGCGUGGAGCAGGUAAGAGCUCUGCAGGUAAUCUUCUUCUGGGCUGUCGUGCGUUUGAAUCAGGACGCCCCACUGAGGUGUCGGUCCGCCAUCAAGCAUUGGUAGCUGGUCGGCGCCUCACAGUUGUCGACACACCAGGUUGGGAUUGGUUUUCCGUCCAGCGCACACCAAGCAACAUACGAAGAGAAAUCAAACUGGGGGCAGGGCUACUCCAUCCUGGUCCACAUGCGCUCUUAUUGGUCAUCCCCGUGGUCUCCUCCCUCACUCCCAAAAAGAGACAGGCCCUUAAGAGUCACUUGGAAAUGUUUGGUGAGGAGGCCUGUCAGCACACGCUGGUGCUGUUUUCAUGUGGUGACUGGCUGUAUGGCACAUCAAUUGAGGAUCACAUCCAGAGAGAUGGAGGUGAGCUGCUGAAACUGAUGCAGCAUUGCUGGAACUGUUACCAUGUGCUGGACUGUACCAAAGCCAACAAGGACAGGUCACAGGUUACUGAACUCUUACGGAAAAUAGAGGAGAUGGUAGCAGAAAAUGGACAGAAACCUUUCUUACCGGUCAAAUUGAACCAAGAAUUAGACGAGGAGGAAACGAGUGGAAGAUGCAUUCUGCAGUGAAGGCGAUAUAAAGUGCAAAUCAUAGAGGAGUGUAAAAGUUACUGACCUUUUUGAUCCCAAAACAAACCGUAUUAAUCCAAUCAGUGGCGUGCACGGGGAGGGCUCGAGCCCCUGCCCCUUUAAUCACCAAAGCUAAAGUGCCCUUUCGGUCCGGGCUAUGUUCCCGCUAUUUCUACUGAGGGGGACAACCCCCCCAUCCUGUAUCAUACAAACAAAACUACAAUCUAGAUUUCUGGGUCCUUAUGAAUUCGUUACUGGACAUUCACCUUUGCUAUCUGCACGUUGCACUUACUGAGAUAUUUUUUUUUUUUUAAACUUGUUUCCUUUUAAUCCUGUGAGCUACUAAUAACAGUAAUAACUAAGACCACAAAUAACAGUAAUUCUCAGUACUCAAAUAUUGAACCGCUUGCCAAAUGCAUGCAAUGGUUCCAAUGAUGAUUAUUAUUUAGUGUUAUGUAAAACGCAUGGUGGCACCGAACAGAUGAAAUGGCCAAAAUGAUUCCAUCCAUUUCCACAUGGUAUGGCAGAGCUCUUGUAUUGCCCAGUAUUGUACAGUAUUUAUAUAACCUGGUAGCUUUUCAUGCACAUUUAAACACUGUCAGAUAAUAUUUAGUAAAACUGCAUUUUACGAAUUCAGUAAUUGUAGCUACUUAUACUUACAUGUAGUUUGAAUGUACUGUAUUAUCAUAAAGUCUGCACCUGAAAUAGAGCUGGAUUCUUGAGUAUACAACUGUUCAGACUGAACUGAAUGUGCAAUUGAGCUCCUUAAGAACAUUCAGGGUUUCUUUUUGUUGUGAAUUUGAUGUGAUUGGUAACUAAUAAGGAGGACAUAUCAUAUUUACGACUGUGAUGUCAGCAUUGUGUUCUACCUAAACACAUAGUUGAGCAUUCAGGGCAUGGCUAUUGCUAUUGCGAAAUAAUAAAUAUCAUGUCUGAACAUUUUUGGCACAGUAUGGUAAUACGCUACGAUUUCCCAAGUGCUUGGGCAAACAUUUCAGCCUCAGAAGUGACAUUCAACUGGUUUGACUUAAGACAUUCAGAUCACUUAAGUUUAGCUUUUGUAUGCUUUUCACUUCAUAUUUUCAUAUUAAUAAAGAA